UCAGAACUCCUAAAAAGAAGCGGGGGCAGGGACUCCCUCGGUAUCCAUCAUUUCACCAGCACAUCCACCAGUGGCCCUCCGACGACCAGCAGGCAGAGAAACCCCCACCAACAUGGCUCCGAUCUGCAUCAGAACUGUGCUAAUUAGUGAAAGUGUGGACCCUCGCUGCAGGGCCAUCUUGGAGGAGCACGGCAUCCGUGUCACUGAAAAGCAAAAUAUGAAAAAGGAGGAGUUGAUCGCAGAGAUUAAGCACUAUGAUGGCCUCGUUGUUAGAUCUGCAACCAAGGUGACAGCGGAUGUUAUAAAGGCUGCUGAUAAUCUCAAAAUUAUUGGGAGAGCCGGGACUGGUGUGGACAAUGUGGACGUCGAUGCCGCCACCAAAAAGGGCAUUGUUGUAAUGAAUACCCCGAGUGGUAACACGAUUAGUGCUGCCGAGCUGACAUGUGCUAUGCUGAUGAGCCUCUCAAGAAAUGUCCCUCAAGCUGCAAUGUCGAUGAAACAAGGCAACUGGGAUCGCAAAAAGUUCAUGGGUGCAGAGUUGUACGGCAAAGUGCUCGGGAUUGUUGGGCUUGGACGAAUAGGAAAGGAGGUUGCCACAAGAAUGCAAGCUUUUGGCAUGAGGACGAUCGGCUAUGAUCCAAUUACUCCACCUGAGGUGUCGGCAAGCUGGGGGGUGGAGCAGAUGUCUCUGGAGCAGCUCUGGCCACAGUGUGACUACAUAACUGUCCACACUCCCCUGAUGCCCUCCACAGUUGGUCUGCUCAAUGAUGAAACCUUUGCAAAGUGCAAGAAAGGAGUGAAGGUUGUGAACUGUGCGAGAGGGGGCAUCAUUGAUGAAGCAGCUCUAUGCAGAGCUUUGGAGUCUGGACAAUGUGGAGGAGCUGGACUCGAUGUCUUUGUUGAGGAGCCGCCCAAGAACCGUUCUCUGGUGGACCAUCCUAAUGUCAUCAGCUGUCCUCACCUUGGAGCCAGCACGAAGGAAGCUCAGGCUCGCUGCGGGGAGGACAUCGCCCUGCAGAUUGUGGACAUGGUGAACGGCAAGAACCUGGUCGGAGCAGUAAAUGCUCAGGUUUUAGCCGGCACAUUUUCCCAGGAGUCUCAGGAGCUGAUCAAACUUGGAGAAACUGUCGGAGCAGUGCUUCAGUCCUGCAGUGCUUCUGAGAAACUGUUCAGUCAAGCUCACAUCACCACUCAAGGGGACUCCAUGAAAUCCUGCGGGGGUUAUUUGACCUCAGCUGUACUCAUGGGACUUCUGAAUCGUGAAUCUGAAUGUAGCGCUAAUCUCAUCAACGUCCUGAGCCUCGCCAAGGAGAGUGGAAUAGUGGUGAAACAGAGCCACCGUGCUUCUGAGGCAGCAGGUGUGUGUAAGGUGGAGGUUGUAGCAGACGGCCGCAGCUAUAAAGCGAGCGGAUCAGUUCGAGGAGGCGUUCCUGUCCUGCUGGAGCUGGGCGACAGUGUCUUCAGGCAACCCGUCUCUCUCACUGGAACUUUGCUGUUCCUCCAGGCCUCUGCUGGCCCUCAGCUGCUGUCCUCUGUGGCUGGAGUGUUGGCCUCAGAGGGAGUGCAGAUUGAGUCUUUCAGCGCUCCUGUGGACCACACUGGGGAUGUGUGGUAUUGUGUGGGGGUGUUGUCCCUCCUGCGAGACCUCAGCGUCUUGAAGCCUUUGGUUAAGAAUGUAGCACAGCUCAGUAUUUAAACGCAACAGUCCCAGAAUAACAGUCUGUGAAAAACCCUAACCUUCUCUAGAGCGUUGCAUAAAUAAUCUUUCUGUUCUGUGUUCAUGUUUACAGCUAACAACUCGUUCAGUAGUUGCACACGUUCAAGCUUAAGAUUAUUUUUAUAACAUUCCAGUGUUUAGGUGUUUGUUGAAUUUGUUGAAGUAAAAAUUGAAUAAAAUGUCUGGCAUCUAC